CAAGCGAGGGCGCUGUCGGUCUAGCUUCCUGUACCACAGCUGUGGCUCCUCCUGGAACCGUAUCUCGUCCGCCGGCUUCUGUAAAAGUGGAUUAUUUGUAUCAUUUUCUGUGUCUGAUGAGCACUGAGCCCUGUAUAUGAAAGCUGUUGAGAAUGGCGGGUGUAGUAGAUGAUGAUGUGAAGCUGCACAUGUUAGCAGCUGAGGAAACAGCCGUUGGUCGACCUGUUGUAUAUGAUGACCUUGAUGAUGUUACUGUAGCUAUAAGAAAUGGGUCAGAUGAUAGAGAGAAAUUAUCAGAGGUCAGUCCCAAUGGUACCGGGAUAGACAGAGAGGAGGAGGAUGACAACGAGGAGGAUGCAGACACACAAGAUAAAAGUAUAAAGAAAGUUCUACAAGACCUAGAUGUACAGGGUCGAAAGUUGUUUUUCAAAGAUGGCCGUCGCCGUAUCGACUACAUUCUGGCGUACGAGGUGGAGGAAGAUGGCAAACCUGACGAACUGGAGGAGGCACGUCUGGCUCGGGAAGUGUUCGAGAGAAACCUUGUCUCGGAGGGCCUGGAACUUGAGUAUGAUCAGAGGGAAGGUGAGGCUAAGUAUGUAAAGGUACACAUACCCUGGGAAGUGCUGACCAGAUAUGCUGAGAUCCUCAAGGUCAAAGUACCGGUCAAGAAGUCUCUGGUGUUGACCAACAUACAGAAGAAGUAUGCAAAGCUUGAGGAAGUUUAUCGUAAGGGCGAGGAGUCUGCUUUUGACCAGUUCUUGAAUCCCAUGAAAGCUAUGAGUGCAAGACUGUGGGCCACCUUGACUGGCAUGGUGAAGAAACUGUUUGCUCCUUUUGAGCUGGACAAGGAGGUGAUGCCACCCAUACAGAGGAGGUUUACCUUGCCCUACUCAAGGAGCAAGGAAUACUUAUACGAUAUCCCAGAGGAUCGGGAAUCUUUCUUCUCAUCAGUGGCAAGGACCCGCAUUGUUAAUUUCAUACUCCGAAGGAAGGCAUUUUCAGAUGACAAAAACCACGAGUAUGCCUUUGGUAUUAACAAAAUGAUCGCAGAUGAAUACUACACUGCUGCUUAUCCCCUGCAUGAGGGCCAUUGGAAGGCUGGAUCAGCUGAGAACGAGAGAAAGCGACUGUAUGACCACUGGGCUAACCUCAAAUGUUUCUUCAAGUUCCAGCCCCUGGAUCAUGUCAGGAGUUACUUUGGUGAAAAGAUCGGACUCUACUUUACCUGGCUUGGAUUCUACACCCAGAUGUUGAUCCCCGCAUCUAUUGUUGGACUCAUUGUGUUUAUCUAUGGCUGUGCUAUCUCAGGCUCCAGCUACCCGGCAGUUGAGAUUUGUGAUAAGAAGAAUAACUUCACCAUGUGCCCAUUGUGUGACUACCAGUGCCCUUACUGGAGCCUCAGUGAUACGUGCUCCAAUGCCAAAGCCAGUCGCAUCUUUGAUAAUGGAGGAACAGUGUUCUUUGCUAUAUUUAUGGCAUUUUGGGGCACAUUGUUUUUGGAGUUUUGGAAAAGAAAAGAAGCUACGUUACAAUAUAGAUGGGAUCUGACAGAUUUUCAUCGUGAAGAACAACCACCACGACCAGAAUAUCUUGCCAAACUUGCAAACUGUGAUACCUACAAGAUCCAUCCAGUGACAGGGAUGAAGGAACCGUACAUGCCGUUUUGGAGAAAAAGAUUCCCUGUCUUCCUGGCUUCCUAUUCUGUUAUGUUAUUCAUGGGGUUGCUAGCCAUCAGUGCUGUGGUAGGUGUGAUAGCGUACCGUGUCGCCCUGUUAGCUGCACUGCAGGCAUUUACCAGAGAGGACAGCAAAAAGACAGACAACUCAACAUUGGCCUCCACUAAAGCUCUUAUCUACCAGAACGCUAGUGUGGUUACUACCAUUACUGCUGCCUGUUUGAACCUGCUAUUCAUCAUCAUACUCAACAUGAUCUAUACCCGAGUUGCGUUCUGGCUGACAGACCAAGAGACUAUCCGUACCCAGAAGGACUAUGACGACAGUAUAACUAUUAAGCUCUUUGCCCUCCAGUUUGUCAAUUACUACUCCUCCAUUGUUUACAUUGCAUUCUUCAAGGGCAGAAUCCUAGGCAGGCCAGGAAAGUACAAUCACCUGUUUGGUGGUCGUCAGGAGGAGUGUGGGUCUGGAGGAUGCCUAAUCGAGCUUUGUAUACAACUGGCCAUCAUCAUGACUGGUAAACAACUCAUCAUGAACAACUGUACGGAGGUCCUUCUGCCGAAAAUUAUUAAAUGGAUAAAAAGAAUGAUUUGGAAAGAAAGUAAAGAGAAGAAAAUGUCAAGGACACCUUGGGAGAAGGACUACAAAUUGGAUGCUACGUCCACAGCGGCACUUUUCCACGAGUACCUGGAAAUGGUAUUACAGUUUGGGUUUCUCACCUUGUUUGUGGCUGCCUUCCCUCUCGGACCUCUGUUUGCUCUACUCAACAACUUGCUGGAGAUACGUUUUGAUGCUGCCAAAUUCAUUACCCAGCUUCGUCGUCCCCUGGCUGAGAGGACUCCUAACAUUGGUGUAUGGUACAAUAUUCUCUACGGAAUUUCUAGGAUUGCCAUCAUUUCAAAUGCAUUCAUCAUUGCGUUAACAUCCGACUUCAUUCCACGUCUGGUGUACGAGCAAGCUUACAGUCCGGAUGGCUCCCUCAGGGGUUAUACAAAUGCUACCCUGUCUUUCUUCAACACCACAGACUUCAGCCCUGAAAACAGACCUGACUAUGCUGGUAGUGAAUUGGUGGAAUUCUGCAGGUAUCGGGAUCUGAGGAACCCUCCUUGGAGUGAGGAUAAGUACGAGUUUACCGAGAUGUACUGGCAUGUCUUUGCUGCCAGAUUUGUCUUUGUGGUUGUAUUUGAGAACCUGAUAAUUGUCAUCACGGGCCUCAUAGCUUAUGUUAUUCCUGAUGUGCCUCACGCCCUCAAGGUACAAAUUCGUCGGGAGAACUACAUUUCCAAUGAAAUAGUCAUCAAGACAGAGUUGCUUCGUGCACAGGGAGAGGAUGUAGAUGAUAUAAUGGGCACCAUUAUGGACGAUGAAGUUCGGCGUUACCAUACCACUGACCUUGGAAGUAUGACAUUAGUGAAUCGAAAACCUGGUGAAAGUCCAUCAACAGAAGUGUAGCAAAGUUGAACAUGCUCAACCUCAAAUACAUCAGUUUGAAGUAUUACUUACAAGCCAGAUUUUGAAAUACUCAAAUAUCUUGGUGGUUCAAUUUAAAGAGUGAAAAAUAUUGAUACAGGGAACGGUAUUAAAACAUCUAUAGAACAAGACAAACAAAAAUGAGAUAGUUUCAUAAGAGUGAAUGAUUCAAAUUUGCAAUAUGUUGCCAAAAACACUGUAUCAAAUUUGAACAGUGAUGCGUGUUUCUAGGAGAAUUGUCUCCUUGAAUUCCAGGACGAUGGAUUGAGGAUUGUCCUACCAAGGGUUGUGUAUCACUACUCCCUCCAUACUCCAUUUGCCUUCUUUGUACAGCUUUCAUUCUCAUACAAAUGUCUUUCUGAUUAGUAUCUGAAUUUAUUUUUAAACAAUAUAUAUGUAUUGUAUAUAAUAUAUACUGAAUAUGUAUUAGACAUAUUGUUUUAUGUUAAAAUGUGUUCUGCUACACGGGGUGUCUGCCUGAGGAGUUUUCUGUACUAAACAGUGUAUUCUUUGAUAGAUUAUGAGAAACAUCUUCAAGGAAAACUGCCUGUCCUUAAGCAUGUGAAGACUGUAGUGUAAAAAGAAAGCCAGCUCAUUUCUGGAAUAUUUGCUGUCCCAGUAAGUGUGAAUCUUAAACGGACUAGAGGGGUUGACAUUCAUAAAAAAAUGUGUGAGGGUGGGGUACUGCUUAUUGCCUUAAAAUUUACCUGACAUUGUAUAUGGUAUAUUGGGUGACAGCAUCUUUGUCCCUGUUACAUGAUUUUGAACUUUCUUUGCGAUAUUGCACAAGGUAAAUGCCACCCUUUCUCUUAAAUGGUUGUAGGGUAAAGACAAAAUUUUAAAAUGUUCUUCUGGCCACAUGUUUUGCUCAAGUAUUGAUGUUUUAUCAUCAGAACCUUCUUUUUCUUGAAUAAGGCAUAAUACUUAAUAUGUAUAAUCCCACAUAUCAAGUUAGUCCUGGCCUUGACAUACCAUGCUUUAUAAAUGUCUGUUAAUAUUGACGUGAUAUUAUCGAUCCUCCUGACAUAUAUAUAUAACAUGGAAGUUACUCUAAUCAGUACCUGAAUGGUGAGUGAAUACCACAUUAACAUGAUUCACUUUUUGGGGACAUUUUUAAAAUUAUGAGAUGAGCUUAACAAAUUGUUAAGUUCAUUGUAAAUUUAUUUUCAAAAUGCCAUUUUUAGUCAAAGAAUUUUAAAGAUUUUGUAUUUCUAGUCUUCAUGAAGAUUGAAUUUUGUUUUUUUAAUGUUUUCAAAAACUCUCUAUCAGAAAGAAAACGGUUUUUUCCUGAAAAACAUUUGGUUCCAUUACAGAAUCACUAGGGAACCAGUUUGUGUAUAUUGGAAAUAUACUGUCCCUGAAAACAAUGGGACCAGAUCUGGAAUAGAUUGUCCCAGAAAACAAUGGGACCAGAUCUGGAAUAGAUUGUCCCAGAAAACAAUGGGUCCAGAUCAGGAAUAGAUUGUCCCAGAAAACAAUGGGACCAGAUCUGGAAUAGAUUGUCCCAGAAAACAAUGGGUCCAGAUCAGGAAUAGAUUGUCCCAGAAAACAAUGGGACCAGAUCUGGAAUAGAUUGUCCCAGAAAACAAUGGGUCCAGAUCAGGAAUAGAUUGUCCCUGAAAACAAUGGGUCCAGAUCUGGAAUAGAUUGUCCCAGACAACAAUGGGACCAGAUUUGGAAUAGAUUGUCCCAGAAAACAAUGGGACCAGAUCUAGAAUAGAUUGUCCCAGAAAACAAUGGGUCCAGAUCAGGAAUAGAUUGUCCCAGAAAACAAUGGGACCAGAUCUGGAAUAGAUUGUCCCAGAAAACAAUGGGUCCAGAUCAGGAAUAGAUUGUCCUUAGAGCCUUAUUCAGUUUAUAUCUAUAGGGUAAUCUUUUAUAUGUACUGAACCAGUGAUUCUACUGACUAAUAAGAUUACAACAAUGUCUAUUAUUCUGUGAAUAGUUUACAUUAUCUAUUAAAGGUUGAUAAUUACCUGUUGUUAUCUAAGAGAAUCUUAAUGGAAGAGAAAUCUACCAACAUUUCUCAUAGAAAUAGCUGUAAAUGUUCAGUUGUUGUAACACAUGACACAAAAUUUCCUGUAUUUGAAAUUUAUAAAAUGUAGCUAGAAUAUUAGUAGUGUUGAAAUGAUUUAAGUUGCUUCUGACACCAAAUAGUUUCAUUAAUCCAUAUCUCCUGUAAAUUAUUAAGUCAUUAGACAUUCAGAUAGCAAAGUAUUUUAUUGGUUGUUUAUCAAGUUAACUAUUCUCAUUCUGAAUCUCAUUUUCUUACCUUUAUAAAGUGGACAUAUAUGAUCAAAUCAUGUUUGUUAUUGGUGGAAGUCAACUUUAGGUAUUGUUUGUUAUUGGAGGAAGUCAACUUUAGAUAUUGUUUGUUAUUACAAAAAAAUCCUCUCAUUAUGUUGCGCAAUAUUUCAAAUUAUCCAUUAUCAGGAGAUUGUUGUUCCCAACAUUAUUAUCUCAUGAAGCAUUGACUCGUAAAUCUAUUGGAUACCUCCUAUAUAAUACCUGUAUAUGGAGUCUCUAUCAAUUAAACCUUGAUUACUUUCAACAUUAAAGACAGCAGGUCUUAAAGUGUUAAACAGGACGAGGUGUACAAGUUUGAUUUGUUGUUGGUGUUGACAAAAGAGAAGUGGUGGUUUUACAAAACAGCUUGUCUUGUUCAACCAGACUCUUGUGGACUACAUGCUACACUACACAGAGAUGUGCAGUAAUCAUUGUGUCUGGUUGAAUGAGACUACAAAACAGCAAAUAGAUACCUAGGUGCUAUUCAUUACAGGAAACCCUGUAUACAGUUCACUAUUCAUUACAGGAAGUCCUCUACACAGUUCACUAUCCAUUACAGGAAGUCCUGUACAUAGUUCACUAUUCAUUACAGGAAGUCCUGUAAACAGUUCACUAUUCAUUACAGGAAGUCCUGUACACGGUUAACUAUUCAUUACAGGAAGUCCUGUACACAGUUCACUAUUCAUUACAGGAAAUCCUGUACACAGUUCACUAUUCAUUACAGUAAGUCCUGUACAGAGUUAACUAUUCAUUACAGGAAGUCCUGUACAUAGUUCACUAUUCAUUACAGGAAGUCAUGUACACAGUUCACUAUUCAUUACAGGAAGUCCUGUACACAGUUCACUGUUCAUUACAGGAAGUCCUGUACACAGUUCACUAUUCAUUACAGGAAGUCCUGUACACAGUUCACUGUUCAUUACAGGAAGUCCUAUACACAGUUCACUAUUCAUUACAGGAAGUCCUGUAUACAGUUCACUAUUCAUUACAGGAAGUCCUCUACACAGUUAACUUUUCAUUACAGGAAGUCAUGUACACAGAUCACUAUUCAUUACAGGAAGUCAUGUACACAGUUCACUAUUCAUUACAGGAAGCCCUGUACACAAUUAACUUUUCCUGUUACAUAGUUUUAUCAGAUGUGAUGUUAAAACUGAACAGUUUGUACACCAAGUUGGCCAAUAAUCAUCUGAUAUUUACCUAGUUCUGUGCUAUCUGAGAUUAUGAAUGCCUGUUUGUUACUCAAAAUACAGAAUCAAUUGUCUUUAAUUCAUUCAUUAAUUUUUAUUAUAUAAAUAUAUAUCUGACAUAGUCUUUCAUGAUAGCAGAUAAAGUUUAUUCUUAAUCAGACUUGUGGUAUAAACAAGGUAUUUUGUUAAACCUAUAGCUAGGUUUAUACCUCACAAACCAGAGAGUUGUUUUUAGCUUACAUUUCUUAUGUUCAUAUCGGUCGUCAUUGGAAUUGAGAGAACAUAUAUAAGGUUUGUAAUUGUCUAAAGCUAGUUUUCAUUUUGAAAUGAAUAAGUAAUGGUGUAUCAGUUUUGUCCUCUCUGUCAUUUGAUAUACAUGUAUGUAUUAUCUAUACCUUUACACCAGCCUGUGUAAGUUUCCUACUGACAGCUUGUCCUGUCAGAUCCUGUGACAGUUUGUCCUGUCAGAUCCUGUGACAGUUGUCCUGUCCGAUCCUGUGACAUCUUGUCCUGCCAGAUCCUGUGACAGUUUGUCCUGUCCGAUCCUGUGACAGUUGUCCUGUCAGAUCCUGUGACAGUUUGUCCUGUCCGAUCCUGUGACAGCUUGUCCUGUCCGAUCCUGUGACAGUUGGUCCUGUCCGAUCCUGUGACAGCUUGUCCUGUCAGAUCCUGUGACAGCUUGUCCUGUCAGAUCCUGUGACAGUUUGUCCUGUCAGAUCCUGUGACAGUUUGUCCUGUCAGAUCCUGUGACAGCUUGUCCUGUCAGAUCCUGUGACAGUUUGUCCUGUCAGAUCCUGUGACAGCUUGUCCUGUCCGAUCCUAUGACAUCUUGUCCUGUCAGAUCCUGUGACAGUUUGUCCUGUCCGAUCCUGUGACAUCUCGCCUGUCAGAUCCCGUACUUAGUGUGUACUGUGUUAAAAUGAAAUGCAUUUAUACCUCAUCUCUGUAUCACCUAUUUCAUUUGUUACAAUUUAUAACAUAAACCUAGCAAUGUAUACUUGCCAAAUAGUUAACCUUUCUCCUCAUUUUCUACUCCUCAAUUGUUUUUGAUAUUCUCACCAUUGUUUUUUUUACAUUAGAUCUUGUAAUGUAUGCUGAUGUUGAUCAUGCUUAGAGAUUAUUUAUCCUUAGCCAAAACACUUCAUUUACGAAGCCAUCAAUUUUGAAGUAUGGAUGCUAUUUUAGUAAUUUUGAUUUGUUUUAUAAAUAUUAUUAAAUCUUGAUUUUCCUUAGUGUCACUUCUCAAGACAUUGGCUAGAUUGUGUGUCUACGUAUACAGUAUGCUAUGUUAAAUAAUAGGGCCUACACUGGUACUGGUUGUAGUCAUAAUUGUCAUUUUUAGAAGGAAAAUUCAAACAUGAAGAUCUAGAUUAUUUGUUUUAUAAACAAAUUAUGACAUGUAUUAUCAGGAUAAAUUUUACCAUCAUCUACAAAAACACGAGGAAAGCUGUGUAAGGUAACUACUGGAGUGAACACAUAACUGCGAUUUUCUAAAUCUUAUUGUAUUGACUUUUGUAACAACUCUAUGUAUUCAUCACUUUAACAAAAAUGCUAUAUUUGAUUUUAUAUUGUUUAGUUUGAGUAUUUUAUUUAAUUUUAUUCCUAUCAGUGGUCUUAUUUUUUGCACAAUUAAUGCAAGAAGUUAAAUUUACUUUUUACAAUGCAAGAAAUAUUGAUUUAUUGUUAGUACCUGUGCAAUACUGCAUGUAAACCUUGAGAACUAUAGCUUGUUGUAGUAGCCGACACUAUUGUCAUGAGAUUAAGGUUUUUGGUAAGGCUGUCAGUGUGUAUCUAUUCCUGUUACAGUGAAUUGUGUUUUCAUUUUUCACCUUCAAAAUUAAUCUACUUUUUUUAUGGUUGGUUUUAAGGUCUGCUGACCUGUAAUGUUAUAAUUUAAAUUAGUUUUGAUUUUGUGUUGUAAAUUAAGUGUCUAGAAAGAUCCAGCAUUGGAAAAUUAAAUUUAAAAUGUGCAAAAUUAUAAAGCUAUCAAAAGUACCAUUUAGUGCUGCAUGUACUUAAUGUUGUAAAAUAAGCACAUGCCUAGUGACUAACCCAUCCCUGUCUAUUUACCUGCACUACCAAAGCUAAAGGGAUUUAAUUAUGAGAUACAAUCUUUGUAAUUGUGCACAAUCAUGGUUAUUUAAAGUAUAUAUGUACCAAUCCCCACAUUACUGUAUUACUUCUCUGUAUUAUUUAAUAUUUUGUAGUUAUAUUAUGACUGAUAUCUAUUUUUAUCCCAUCAAUACAAAAAAUAAGUUUAUAUUGUCUGUUAUGUAUAUACAUUUAUAAUAUAAGGGAAGAAUUCAAAAUUGAUCACCAUGCAAAUUCAAGGUACGAUUGAAGCUGAAUAUAUUUGUAUUUUUAAGGAUUUUUAUUUUAUUUUGGUCUUUUAUUAUGUUAAUCGAGUGUGCCUUGUUAUUUUUCACAAGCUUGAAUAUAGAAAAUUUUAGAAAUGUAAUAAAUAAUGCCAUGCAAUUUAUUUUAUGGAAUUAACGAUAUAAAAAGUUCCCCCCAUGUUACAAUUAGAACAAGUUUUGUAUAAAUCCAGUCCUGUACAGAAAUGUGAAUAAGGGUGUGCUGUGUGAAACGUACAUUCUGUGAAGGUAAUAAAAUAUUUUGUCUUCCUAA